AUGCCUGAGGCCAACGAGCUCCGCGCUGGCCCAGCGGCAGCGUCGGUAAGCUCUUUGUCGCCCAAGGAGGCGGGCGCCGCGGCGCCCGCGCCCUCUCACCAUGCUGUGCCUAUCCAAGCGGCUCCUGCAUGCACGAGCGACCCAUAUACCCGCCCCGUAUCCUCGGCGUAUGCGAAUCCGAUUGUCACGGUCAACCGCCAUGCGAGUGCGGCCCCUGCGGCCCCUCCGCGCCCGGGCGUGCAGCCUGCGCCGCCGCCCAUGACGACAGCACCCGCGACGCCGCCAUUUAUCAUCUCCAAUUCUCUCGCUGCGGCAUCCGGUCUGCAUCUUGGCGCCCGCCGCACGCCUGUGGUCGCAGGUUCGCCGCUCGGUGCGGCGGCGCCUGGCGCAGCCAUCACCAGCGCGUCUGGGCGUACCGUGCCGCCGGCGCAUAGCACGCCUGCUGCUACGCGCCUACCCCCCCAAAAGGACCUGGUGCUCGAGGAUCCGGAGCUGGCCGCGCAGCGCGCACACACACAGCGUCGAUUUCGCAUGCAGCUGGACCAGGACCACGAGCGGUGCCUGCGUCCUGAUAUCCAGACGCCUUUCCGAGACGCACGCGAUGUCGUGGAGCGUCUGCUGCCCUACCAUGUCUGGCAGGUGCCCGAGUCGGACCUGCUCGACGCGGCAGACGCCCGUAUUGUAGCAGCACCCGCCGCUGCUGGCCUCGAUGACGAGGCGCAUGUGUCGUUUGCUGUGCCGUACGUGCGCAAGCGACGGCGCGUCGAGGCGCCUCUCCCGCCUGAUACCCCCCUGCUGACGCUCCCGCCGUUUCCCAGCGCUGCCUUCACGCGCUCCGCGUACGAGCGACGCGCGCAGCUUGCGCGCCGUUUUCGCGCCUUGCAGACGCGCUCCGAGACGGCGCAGGAGCGUGCGCCACAUAUGCACGAGUCGCUCGAGUUUCUGGAGCGCAUGGUGUACGAGGACGAAAUGAAGGCGUUCCAAGACUUGUCCGCGGAGCUGCGCCGCGCGCGCGCGGAGCUGGAGGAGCUGGAGCGGCAGCGCCACUGGCGGCCAGGCGCCUCGUUCGCAGCGAGCCUGCACACGCCCAGUCUGUUCGCCGGCUCCUCGGCGCUGUCCGCGGCCGCCUCACCCCGGCGCCCCGGCCUGGAUGACGUGCCGCGGCCGUAUGCGAUCGUGCGGCCGCCGAGCUUGGAUGGGCGCCCUGCCGCGUCCGCGGCGUCGCUCCCCGCGCUCUCGCCCGCGACGGUGUCCCACCUCGCGGGCCUCGCGGCGCGCGGCGCGUCCGGGGCGUCGCCCGCGGCCGGAGCGAGUGCGCGUCCCGACUCGGGCGCGCCGCUCAAUGUCUCCGAAACGCUCUCUGCCUCUACAAGCAUUCCGUCGCAGCCGCUGCCCCUGGUGGUGCCCAUGACGACGCUCGGACUGCACCUGGUGCCGGCGCCGCACCUGCUUCCUGCCUUGUCGCUAGCUAGUGCAGGGCAGUCUGUGGCGCUGAACCCAGGGCUGACGGCGCCGCGCCCUGUGGCCGGUGUGCAGACGGACCCCGUACUGCUGGUCGGCAUCACUGACGCAUCGACGCCGCUCCCUCCCGGCGCGAACGCUGCGUCGCGGCAGCGCCUGCACCUCAGUGUGGUGCUCUCGAAACUGCGACCGGAGCAGCUCAGUGGCCUGGCACAACUCAUGCAAACGCUACAGACCGAGGACGAGGCAGCCCGUCCAUAG